GGACGACCACAACUCUUCCACUUUCACCUCACUCUCACUUUCUCUCCCUUGCCCUUUUCUCUCUGCAUUCCCCUCCUCUUUGUAUAAGUCUCGACAAUGUCGUCUCGUGGUGGCGGGCGCGGCGAUGGUCGUGGUGGCGGUGGAGGAAGAGGCCGUGGUGGACACCCUAGCGACUCCGGUGGACGAGGUCGCGGUGGUUAUCCCGGUGAAUCCGGUGGACGUGGUCGCGGUGGCGACUUCGGAGGUCGUGGUGGGCGAGGUGGAGAUUUCGGAGGUCGUGGUGGUGGUCGCGGUGGAGACUUCGGAGGUCGUGGUGGCGGUGGAGGAGGCCGUGGAGGUUUCCGACCACCGAGUGUUGGGGUAUUAUCAAAGGAGACAUGGAAAGCGGCGAGUGGUGACAGCUUAAGCCAGGCAAUGUGGGAACUUAAAGUGUUGCCGCCGCCUAGGUCUACAAAGUCCGUGAAUCCUCCUAGAAGGCCUGGAUUCGGUAGGAUUGGUACACGGUGUGCCGUGAGAGCUAAUCACUUCCUCGUUCAGCUUGCUUACGAAGAUACUGAUUUUCAUCACUAUGAUGUGUCAAUCACUCCGGAGAUUACCUCGAAAAACUUUGGCAGAGAGAUAUUGAAAAAACUUUUACAGGAUUAUAAGUCAUUUUUGGGGCAACGGGUUCCAGCAUAUGAUGGCAAGAAGAGCAUCUAUACUGCAGGUCCUUUGCCUUUCUCAUCUAAGGAAUUUGUUGUCGAAAUGGACCGAGAAAAAAGAGGCAGUUCAGAAAGGAUGGUUGAAAAGUUCCAGGUAGCCAUCAAAUUCGCGGCCAAGGUUGAUCUUUAUAACCUUCAAGAGUAUGUUCGUGGUCGAACUUCAGAAUCCCCCCAAGAUGCCAUCCAAGUGCUUGAUAUUGUACUGCGUGCAGCUAAGCCUCUUGAGGACUAUGCUGUGAUUGGGAGAUCAUUUUUUUCUGUUAAGUUGGGUACGGGGCCUCUUGCAGACGGUGUAGAAUUCUGGAGGGGUUAUUAUCAAAGCAUCCGACCUACCCAGAUGGGCCUUUCUCUAAAUAUAGAUGGAUCAGCCCGGCCAUUUUAUGAGUCGGUUAUGAUUCACAAGUUUGUUCUAGACUUUCUGAAAUUGAGGGAUCUCUCUAGGCCUCUAACUGAUGCAAACCGUUUGAAGGUCAAGAGGGCACUGAAAGGUAUUACUGUUGAAUUAACUCAUCUGAGCUACAAAAAGCGCUGCAAAGUGAUUGGUGUGUCAACUGAACCUGCAAACCAGCUAAUGUUUUCAAAUGGUGAUGUACAGUUGUCUGUUUCCCAAUAUUUCAAGGACAAGUAUGGGAUCCAGCUUCAAUACCCGAGUCUACCAUGCCUCCAAACUGGGCAGGCUAGCAGGCCUAACUAUCUGCCUAUGGAGGUCUGCAAAAUUGCGCAUGGACAAAAGUAUGCUAAGAAGUUGAAUGACAGGCAAGUGACUGCCCUUCUUAGGGCGACUUGCCAACGACCCGAUAUGAGGGAGGAUAGUAUCAAGAAGAUGGUGAAGGAUAAUAGGUACUCUGACAAUCAGCUGGUCAAGCAGGAGUUUGGAAUGAAUAUUUCUGAAACUUGUACUACUAUUGAUGCCCGGGUGUUGCCUCCCCCAAUGCUUAAGUAUCAUGACAGUGGGAGGGAACGAGAAGUAGCUCCUGCAGUUGGCCAAUGGAAUAUGAUUGAUAAGAAAAUGGUUAAUGGCGCAUCUGUUAGUCGAUGGGCAUGCUUGAGUUUUUCAUCCCUGGAUCGAGAUGUAGUGCAUCAUUUCUGUGAUGAUCUGGUUGCCAUGUGCGCUAGCAAGGGAAUGACUUUCAGUCAAAAGCCAUGUAUCCCUAUACGCGCAAGCGGCUCUCGUCCAUCUGAGAUAGAGAAAGCUCUUGCACAAGUGUGGACUGAAGCUAAACAACAGUUGCAGUUGUUGAUAAUAAUACUGCCAGAUUUUACUGGAUCUUAUGGAACAAUUAAAAGAAUAUGUGAAACAGAGUUGGGAAUAGUCUCUCAAUGUUGUCAGCCUAAGCAGGCUGCUAAAAAUAAUAAGCAAUAUUUGGAAAAUGUGGCUUUGAAAAUCAAUGUGAAGGCCGGGGGAAGGAAUACUGUCUUGGUUGAUGCGAUUAAUAGAAAUAUACCUCUCUUGACCGAUCGUCCAACAAUCAUUUUUGGUGCUGAUGUUACACACCCUUCACCAGGGGAGGAUUCCAGUGCCUCAAUUGCAGCGGUUGUUGCUUCAAUGGACUGGCCUGAAGUGACCAAGUACAAGGGGCUUGUCUCUGCCCAGGGUCAUCGAGAAGAAAUUAUCCAGGAUCUGUAUAAAGUGGUUGAUGAUCCAGUAAAGGGGAAAGUACACGGUGGAAUGGUCAGAGAACUGCUGAUAGCUUUCCUCAAAAACACUAAACAGAAACCACAUAGGAUUAUCUUCUUCAGGGAUGGAGUAAGCGAAGGCCAAUUCUCUCAAGUUUUACUGCAAGAGGUGAAAGCUAUUUGGCAGGCUUGUGGAUCCUUGGAAGCGGACUAUUAUCCACGCGUUACAUUUGUUGUUGUGCAAAAGCGACAUCAUACCCGUCUCUUCCCCGUUGAUGGCAAAAUGACAGACAGGAGUGGAAACAUACUACCAGGCACUGUGGUUGACACUAACAUUUGCCAUCCAUCGGAGUUGGACUUCUAUCUAUGCAGUCAUGCUGGGAUACAGGGAACAAGCCGGCCUGCACAUUAUCAUGUGCUUUAUGAUGAGAACAAUUUUACAGCAGACUUACUCCAGCUGCUUGCAAAUAGUUUAUGCUACACGUUUGCUAGGUGCACACGCUCAGUCUCCAUUGUCCCUCCGGCUUAUUAUGCGCACCUUUUGGCAUUUCGUGCUCGUUAUUACAUUGAAGGUCUUACAAUGUCAGACAGUGGCUCCACUGGUACCAAGGAUUUAACCAAGGAAAAAGAAGCUCUGACUCAGGCCCUCCCAAAGAUCAAGGAAAGUGUGAAGGAUGUCAUGUUCUAUUGCUAAAAAGAAUCAAAACCAGCCAAGACCUCCUCUCUUCUGAGUUUUUUUGUUUUGUUUGGCUAUAUGAAGCCUUUAAAGUUUGCUGACAAGACUCUGUUUAAGGUUAUCGUCUAUAGCUCCAGCAGUUUGGGGUCAGUGAAUAUGUUGUGCAGGGGUUUCUGCAAUAGUACGGUAUUCACACUUUUGAAUACAGUAUAUAAGUAAUGUAUAUACGAAGUAUAUAUACUGUAUGAAACUACAGUACGGUAAUCUCAACUCUGAAGGUUUGCCAUCUGGCAUCUGGGCAUCCAGAGGUUAA